CAUGGAGGCGGCGCUGAAGAACUUGUCGGGAACGGUGGAGUUGCUAGCGGUGGCGGCGCGGAGUGUUGACGUUCGUCUCUGGGAUCUGCAGACUCUCUCUCGGGCUUUUCACUGGGCCUGCUACUGCGAGCACCUUUUCUCAAAGUUCCAUGAGAACCCCAAGAUAAGAGGGUUUAUGGAGAUGCAACUGCAGCACACCAAUGGCAAUUUACGAGCUGUCUUCUCUGACUACGUAGACCUCUCCUUUGUGGACCUGUCACAAUGCCAGCACCUGUUGCUAACAGGGCUCCUGAACAACCCUAAUCUCCCCCUCUCCAUCAUGAAGAUACUUUUUGACACCAAAAAGCCUGCAACCACCAAACCAGGAGAGUAUCAGGAUGUCACCGGGCUUUGCAGUCAUAUUCUUCAAUGCAAAUCAGCCUAUAAAAUUUUAAGUCCUCUCUCGGGUAAGUCAGAACCCGGUGUUGAGGUGCAGGGUGCCAUUUUGAUGGAGAGGCUGCAUGGCCUGCUGAGCCGAGGAGGUGAAGCUUGCCGUGGGCUGCGUUUUCUUGACUCAGUUCUCCUGGAAUGCAAAGAAGCAGAACAUUUGUGUCUGGUUCUUGCUGCUGCUUUGCUGAGUGGAGGGAAUGUACAUGCACAAACCGCCGCAGUGGAUUGUCUUCAGGACUGGCUCCAGCAAAAACACAGCCUGCUGCAACACAUGUGCUUCACACUGCCUAGAUCUCUUCUUAAAGACCUGGCCAAGGAACAUGUCAAAUUUAGGGACGUGUACUGUUCGGUUCUUAAAAAAUGGGCUGCAGAUAUGGAGUACUGCGUUGAUGAAGGCAAAUGGGUGCAAAAUUGCACAAGUCCCAAAGUGUCUUUUCAGGAAUUGACUGAGCACUUUGUGGUCUUGUUCGAGGCGUGUCCCACCUUGAGGACAACUGUGGAAAAAGAGCUGAAUGAUUUGAAGAUAUCUGAUGGAGACUUUGAUGUCAGAGGACUAAGUGUGUGGGGAGAUCUCUUAACAGAAAUACACAAGUGUCAGUCACAGCUAGAAGUAUAGUUUCACAACUGUGGUCAACUGUUGAACAUUUUGUCUUAUUCCAUAUACUGAAUUUAUACCAUAUCCUCUGUUUUAAGGGAAGAAGUCUAUCGCUCAUGAAUUAGAAUAAAAUGCAUGUUAGCAGUAUUAAAACAUGAUGGCGAAGGACUGCAGUGGAUCUCACUGAAAGGUUUUAAAAUAGUUUGACCCACUCUUGAAACAGAUGAUAAAAAAACCUACAUUUUUCUCUAGCACAAGAGGUAGUCAGUCAGAGGGCACAUGUAGACAAAUAACCCAUAACACUUACAUUCACACAGAUGCACAAUCUAGUCCAUCGAAAAUGCAUGUUUUUGGACCACCACUGGAAGGCCUGAACACUGAUUUCACCUCAGAACAUCAGAAUUGUGAGGCAGAUGUACCGCCCACUUGAGAAAUGUGUUUAAAUAAAAUGGAAUCCAGCUGUUUUCUACACUGCUUUGUCUCAUUAAGGUGGUGGGUAUGCUGGAGCCUAUUCCAACUAGCUCUGGGCAAGAGGUGGAGUACACCUUGAACAGGUUGCCAGCCAAUCGCAGGGCUCAUAAAAAGAUCAUUUAGUCUUAAUUUAACCUGCCAUGCACGGUUUUGGGAAUGUGGUAGGAAAUUGGAGUACUGCACCCAGAAAAAAAACACAGGCACCGAGGAGAACUUGAAAACUCCCCACAGGCAACUCUGGAUUUGAACCUCAGAACUGUGAGUGAUGUAAUGUGAAAUAUAAAAAAUAUAAUUGAUUAUAAUAGGUACAUUCUAUACCAAUGUCAGGUACAACUGUAUAUUAAUGAUCGCAAUUGGGUUAACUGGAAUUGUGGGUGGAUUGUGUUUUAAGGGUGGUUAAGGCGAAAUGGACAACAACAUGACUUUACCAAUGGGAGUUGAGGUACUUUGCAUUGUGGCAACUGACAACACUUGGUGUGUUAAUGUACUGCAAUAAAUACUGCAAAAACAUGUAUGGCCGGUUAAUUGAAAAUAAUAUUGUCCAUAGGUGUGACUGUGUGUGCAAAUGUUUGUCCAUAUUGUGCCAUGACGUUAGCCGGCGAUUUGUCAAGGGUGAGUACACUGCCUCUCGCCCAGAGUUUUGUGUGAUAGGCUCCAGAACACCCGCGACCCAAUUGACCAUAUCUGAUGUGGAAAUUGGAUGGAUAGUGUAUAAUGCUUUCAGGCUUAGAAAGUCUGUACCUUUUGUCAAAUUCGAAAACUGUGCUCUCCAGCCAUCUAUUGGCAAUUACAAACCUUUGGGGUUGACUGUCAACUAUCGAUUUUUGUGAUUCGGCCCCUAUCCUCUGAAUGGUGCCAGUUUCCUGUAGUUAGAUUUUUUUUCAAAUGUUUUCUAACAAUAUCUAUCCAUUUUCUUUGCCGCUUAUCCUCACAAGGGAAUGGUCACGGGGAGGGCUGGAGCCUAUCCAAGCUGACAACGGGCAGGGGGCAGAGUACACCCUGUACUGGUUGCUAAGGCACAUCGAGACAAACAGCCACAUUCACAAUCACACCUAACGGCAAUUCAGAGUGUCCAAUUAAUGUUGCAUGUUUUUGGGAUGUAGGAGGAAACCGACUUGCCCGGAGAAAACCCAUGCAGGCAUGGGGAGAACAUGCAAACUCCACACAGGCAGAUCAAACCCGAGUCCUCAGAAUUGUGAGGCCAACACUUUACCAGCUGUACCACCGUGCCCCUGUUUCAAACAAUAAUUAAUGAUAUUUAAUGUUAUCCACAGUCAAUAAAUGAAAUGCUGUCAAAUGCUCAUCCGUGCUAUUCCCAAAACUAUCAUGACUGUCAAUCCAGAUUGAGCGUGAUUACAGGCACCUUUGACCCAGCUCUUAUUGGAUAGAACAAGCAGCGAUCACCAACAUUUCUGAAGGUUCUUUGGUUUUCAUUCAUUUGCAGCCCUUGUGUCAUGACAUGUUAUAAUGCUGUAAAAAAAAGUGUCAUACAAACCUGUAUGGA